AACUUUAUAUACCUCUCGUCGUUCAGAGUCGUGUAUAUGUGUUUAGAAACCGCUAAGCUAUUGACCACAAAACGCGCAAUAGCGUACAAAUUAUAACGAUGGCUGCGCCGACAAUGACUUUAAGUAACGGACAAAAAAUACCUAUAUUAGGACUCGGUACUUGGCAAGGUGGUGACGAUCCGAGCGGCGUAGAGCAAGCUGUACGAGACGCCGUAGAUGCCGGAUACCGACAUUUCGAUUGCGCUCAUAUAUACGGAAACGAAAAAGCAAUCGGCAAAGCUUUGCGCGAGAAAAUUAACGAGGGCGUUGUUAAAAGGGAAGACCUAUUCAUUACAACAAAGCUGUGGAAUACGCACCACAAGAAGCACAUGGUGGUCCCUAUGUGUAAACAGUCUGUUCAAAAAUUUGGAUUCGAUUACGUGGACCUUUAUUUGAUUCACUGGCCUGUGUCCUAUGAUGAAAAUGCGAAAGGUCUUUGGCCGGUAGACGAAAAGGGAAAUCCCCUACACGGACAGGACGACUACGUAGACACGUGGCGCGGUAUGGAGGAAUGCGUGAAAUUAGGUCUAACGAAAAGCAUCGGUCUCAGCAACUUCAAUUCUCAGCAAAUCGACCGUAUCUUAUCCAUCGCCGAGAUCAAGCCAGUCAUGAACCAAGUGGAAUGCCAUCCUAACUUGAAUCAGAAGAAACUGCGAGAAUUCUGCGCCAAACGUGGCAUUGCUAUCACGGCAUACAGCCCACUUGGUUCGCCCUUACGCCCUUGGGUGAGACCUAAUGAUCCGAAAGUUACAUUGGAAGCACCGGAAAUCGUCACACUGUCUAAGAAAUACGGCAAAUCACCUGCCCAAAUUGUUCUACGAUAUCUGGUUGAAAUUGGCACGAUUCCUAUCCCAAAAUCUAGUUCGAAGCAACGUAUCAGUGAAAAUAUCAAUAUUUUUGACUUCAAGCUGACUCCAGAAGAAAUUGCGUCUAUAGACAAACUGGAUUGCGGAUUGCGCGUGUGUCCCGCUUUGGAGUUCAAGGAGAACAAACAUUAUCCAUUCAAUAUUGAAUUUUAAAGAUGCCCUCGAAUGACAGUGGCUAUAAUUUCUUAAGAUGAGCUAAUUUUAAUGCAAAAUUCCAUAUAUAUUUGUUUACUUAUUUGUAACUACUGCAUUCCUUAAUAAAUUAUUUAAGAUGUUUA